AUGGGGACACAAACAAAUAAAGAGCAUUUCUUUGGUGGAUUUCUAAAGAUUUUGAAACAGCAGCAAGUCGAUGUACGGCUCAAUGCAUGUGAUAAAAAGGCAGCUAUCUCUGCCCAUAAGCUUAUUUUGUCUGCAAGAUCAGAGGUGUUUGCGAAGAUGUUUGAAGAAGACAAAUGCAAGUCUUCGUCCAGGCUAGAGAUAAUCACUCUCUCGGAGCUUAAACAAGAAGAGUUAGAGGCUUUUGUUGAGUUCAUCUAUGGAGAUGGCUCAAUUCUUUCUGAGAAAGCGAAGCAACAUGUAAUGUCACUCUAUCGUGCCGCUGACAAAUACGAGAUUCCGCAUCUACGUGACUUAUGCAGAAUGGAGCUUAUAUCAUCUCUUAACGCUUCCAAUGCUCUUAAAGUUCUCGAGCUUUCCCAAAUCCCUUUUGACAAAGCUCUCAGCGAUGCAGCCAUCAGUGUUAUCAAAAUUAAUAAAGAUGAGAUUUCUAGUUCUACUGAGUUCAAGGUUUUCGUAGUCGAUCACCCAGAUCUUACCGUGGAGAUAGUGAAGGCUAUGUUGGAAUUUGCAGCUACGUAUUACUGUACUUGUGGUCGCUAUGUAUGUUGUAGUUAUUGUGGUUCUAGAUCAAAAAGAAAGACUACUGUUUAGUCUGGACGUUCAUCACUUUCACAAACCCUUCAACUCCUAUAAUAUUUUCAUAGGAUUUAUUUGUCUUUGUUUUGUUAUCAAGCUUUCAAAUCUUUGAAUUUUUCUAAUACGUUUCUAUUUUAUUAGAUUCUAUUUUGUUUGCAACUUAAGUAUCUCUCACUAACUUUCUCUCACUAAACGCUCUCUAGAAAACUCGUCAAUCUAAAAACCUAGAUCCGGUGGCCGGCGGUUCUUCUUACUUUCGGUCGCCACCCCUUUUGUUUUUUAUCUCCGAUUUAGUUCGGAUUGAUCUUCGGCUAUGUCCGAUUGUUAUUUCUGUUUAUUCGGACUUUUAUUCUUUCUUUUCUAUCUUAGGAUUAUCAUCGUAAUCUCCUCUGCUCUGUUGUAAUAUCAUAUUCUCGAAAGAUUAUGUUGAUUUACAUGUACCGGUUUGCUUGGUCUUCUUUCAAAUGGGUGUAAAUCCUUACUCUGUCACAAGAAUAGACUUUGGAGUAUAGGUUCCCUUUGGAUGAAAGUUCAAGAUGAUGCUGUUGCUUGGAGAAGGGUAUGGUGACUCAGAGCUUUGGUCGGUUUAGAUGAAGUUUCUGAAAAGUACUAGUUCCAAUCAAUGGAGGUUUAAAUCACCGGUGGUAUCUCAAGUUUUUCGGCUGGUAAUAGCGAGGAGAUUUAAACAGGAACAACUCAGGUUUAUGGAGAUCUUAGGCCAACAUUAUCGGCGCCCCUUAGGCCCGUCCUUAAUCGAGUUUAGGUUGAAAAUAAAUCAAAAAGAAAUUCCCGGGUUUGCGACGGGCCUUAGCUAAGAGAUUUUUUGGGCUCGUCCUUAACAAAACGUGGCAGCAUUGGAGUGGGAGAUGUAUUCUAAGCCGAGAAAGGGAUUGUCGGUGUGUUCUUCUCUCUCUUCUCCAAACUCAAUCAAAAUCUCAAAUCUCCGAUGGCGACGCCGUGAUGUCCAAAGGCGAAGUUAAAUCAAAAGGAAUAAUCGAUCUCUUCAAAUCGUUUGCAACCCGCUCACUCCACAUCGCCCUGAUGUUCGAAGGCGAAGUAAAAAAAAAAACAAAGGUCAUGUCCAAUAUCUCUGAAGACGAAGUCACAGCGAACUCCACAGCGGAAGAUCUUCAAAGACUACUCCAUGUUGGUGAACAACGGGGAUUUCCCGGGAUGGUUGGAAUCAUCGACUGUAUGCAUUGGGAGUGGAAGAAUUGCCCCACCGCUUGGAAAGGAAUGUAUUCACGAGGAACCGGAAAACCAACAAUUAUGUUGGAGGCGGUCGCUUCAUAUGACCUCUGGAUAUGGUACACUUUUUUUGGAGCUCCAGGUACUAUGAACGAUCUUAAUAUUCUUGAUCGAUCACCUGUUUUUGAUGACAUUAUUAACGGAAAUGCUCCGCAAGUAAACUUCUAUGUCAACGGGAGGGAGUACAAUUUGGCUUACUAUCUGACGGAUGGUAUUUAUCCAAAAUGGACGACUUUUAUUCAAUCUAUCUGACUCCCACAAGGUGCGAAAAAUUCUUUAUUUGCUAAAACCCAAGAAUCCGUCAGAAAAGAUGUUGAGCGUGCCAUUGGGGUCCUGCAAGCGAGGUUUGCCGUUGUUAGAAAUCCUUCUAAUUUAUGGGAUAAAAGUAAAAUAGGAAAUAUUAUGAGAGCAUGUCUCAUACUACAUAAUAUGAUUGUCGAAGACGAACGAGAUUCACACACUCAGUAUAGCGUUUUAGAAUUUCAACCCGCAGCAGAUGAGGAUCUUGCAUUUACCGUUAAAAAGACUACAAAACACGGAAAAAGAAUUGGGCGUCGCAAAGAAGUUCGGGAUCCACAUAUCCAUCAACAGUUAAAAGAAGAUUUGAUUGAAAAUAUAUGAAAUAAAUUUGGACAUCUUCCAAAUAACAUUAUAAAUAACAUAUAAUGUUAUUUGGUUUCUAUGAAUUAAAUAAAAAUGUUUGUUUUAUUUUAUUUUUGAUAUUUGUAAUUUUUUUUUUCAAAUCUUUGUAAUUUUCCUUAUGUUUUCAAUUUUAAUGUCAUAUGUUUUAUUUAUGAUAUUUUAUUUAUGAUAUUUGUAAUUUGUUUUAUUUUAUUUAUGAUAUUUGUAAUUUUUUUUUUCAAAUCUUUGUAAUUUACCUUAUGUUUUCAAUUUUAAUGUCAUUUGUUUUUUUUUUUACACUUCUCUUUUUAAUGUCAUUAAAUAUAAAAAUAAUUUAUUUAUUUACUAAGAGACAUACAAAAGUCCUACCAAUAAUCUAAUUUUUUUGGGUUUGUCCUUAACUUUGUCCUUAACUCCAAAUUAAUCAUAAACUAAUCUAAGGACACAAAAUCAUGUCCUACCAAUAAUGUUGCCCUUACAGCUUUCACAGACGGAAAGGACACAAGUCACGCCGGAGAAUAUAGAGUUCACGGGGAGAAUCACUCAAAGCCGGUGUGAACAGAGACCAAAGCUUCUAGAUCAUAAACCACAUGGUUUUAACACGUGUAACUAGAUUUUGACCCGCGCUUCAAAAGCGCGGGUUUUUUUCCGAUUAAGAUUAUUAUUUUAGUUUUGAUGUUUUGAAGUAUAUUAUUAAGUUAUAAAGUUUUAUUAUAUCGAAAAAGUAAAAACAUUUUAGAAACAGCAGAUAAGAGGAUCGACCGGAAUACAUGUCCAGAUAAAAAAGGCGUUACGGAGAGGACGCCAGCAAGAGAAA